CUCCAUAUGGGACUUUUAACUAUACUGAAGAAAAAUCGGCAAAAAGAGAAGGAGAUGCGAAUUCUCAUGCUCGGUCUUGACAAUGCCGGGAAGACCACCAUUUUGAAGCGAAUCAACGGUGAACCCAUUGACACAAUCUCACCAACGCUUGGCUUCAAUAUCAAAACGCUGGAACAUGGACCUUAUAAGCUCAAUAUUUGGGAUGUAGGCGGUCAGAAAUCAAUUCGGUCUUACUGGCGCAACUACUUUGAGCAGACCGAUGCACUCGUUUGGGUAGUUGAUUCAGCAGACCGAUUACGCGUCGAUGAUUGCCGGCAGGAGCUAGCACAACUACUUCAGGAAGAGCGUUUAGCAGGCGCGACGUUACUGGUAUUCGCCAAUAAGCAAGAUAUACCAAGUGCAAUGACAGAUCUUCAGUUAAAAGAGGCCUUGGAUCUGGACUCUAUCAAAUCACAUCACUGGAGCAUCCAGGCUUGCAGCGCAGUAACGGGCGAAAAUCUAUUGCAGGGCAUGGAUUGGGUAGUUGAAGAUAUUGCGUCUAGAAUCUACAUGAUGGAUUGAUACCAAGAGACAUUUAGACAAAGGAGAAUAGACAAAAGCUUAAUGAUUAUAAUUGCGCAAGCGUUGUUGCAGAUAUUUAUAAUGUGCAUUCCGAACAAUGGGAUGAGUAUCAUCUUUGUCAUUGUGGAAUGGAUGCAAAAAUCAACAGCAGGGGAAGCAAAAGAAAAAAGAGACAUAGGUCACUGAGAGGAGGGAACACCAAAGGAGAUGCAAUACAGGCAGAAAGAACAUGGGUUGCAAAACAUAACAUACAGAGAAAAGAAAUGAACGAUGACAAGGAUGAUAGAAGGACGAGUGAUGGUGUGAGAAAGCAUGGAUGGAAGAGAAAUGGGAAGCAGAUACUUUUGGGCAAUCAAAAGGCAUGAUGUCCGUGGUGAGGGAGUGAAAGUGGUAUGUCUUGAGGUAAUACACUGAAAGAUCUACAUGGUAAAAGAGGUAUCAAAUGGAUUAUAAUUU